CUGUUCCCAUGGACAAGCCUCUCUGGACUUCCGCGUCAGGUGGAGCCCUGCAGUAGGAUGCUGGGGUCUAUGUCUGUCUGUGGUCCCCCUGCUGUGGCCUCUCACCUUUGGCUGCUCGUUUUCUCCUGCUCUCUUCACAGUCAACCAGCCCUGUCUGACCUUGUGUUCUCCACCCGUCCAGAGGAUAGUGCUGGUGUGCUGGGUGCUCCCCUCACACUACACUGUGCAGUGUCUGACUCCAGCCACCAGGGGGCACUGCCUGUUCGAUGGGAAAGGGCCAGCGGAGAGCCAGCAGCACUGAGUCCUGGUCCUGACAAAGGGAUCCACCAAGUGGCCAAUGGAUCUCUGUUCUUCCUCCAGCUGAGAGAGAGGGACCUGGGGAGAUAUGUCUGUAGUGCAGGCAUUGGAGACAAACACAUCAGGACUGUUGUCCAAGUGAUGGAAGCUGAGCUGGAGGCAGUGUUCUUUAGUCCUCAGUCUCAGACUGUCAGUGAGGGGCAGGCAGUGUUCCUCCAGUGUGUCUCAGGGAACAGCUCACCCCCUGCACACAUCACCUGGCUCAAAGACAACACACUCUUCACCAAAGGCACUCAGAUGCAGGGCCAAUAUGGAGGGGGUAACCAGAGGAAGACCUCAGGCACUCUUCACCUCUCUAAUGUCUUAAUAGAGGACGAAGGGGAAUACGUCUGUGUCACACACAACGCCUUAGUGAACAGCAGCCUGGAGAGCAAAGCAGCUACACUCACUGUACAAGGAGUCCCUACAGGGCUGCAGAUCACUCAGGGCCCUGACAACCUCACCAUUGCCAUGCAGACAGAGGUCUCCAUGUGCUGUGCUGCCCGAGGCUUCCCAGCUCCCACAGUGCAAUGGUUCAAAGACAGCCAUCUCCUGGCGAACAGCUCCUGCUUGAGUUUGCAGAACAAGGGACAGCUGCUUGUGUUCAAGAAUGUGUCUGAGGAAGAUGAGGGUUCCUACCACUGUGAGGCCAGGAAUGAGAGGGAGACUGUCAGAUCUCAGCCUGCCUAUCUCCUCCCAGCAGAGAUGGAAUGGAACUUUGUCCUGCAGCCCACUAACCAGACAGUGAGGAUGGGAGACUCUGUUACUCUGGUCUGCAGACCCCCCUACAGCAAGCCUCCAGCCAGGGUGUCCUGGUUCAAGAACAACCGCCUCCUCACUCCCAAGACACACUUCACUGUUGGGCCUAAUGGAGACCUCAUCUUCCACAGUGCCCAUGACACAGACAGGGGAGUGUACUUCUGCAGAGCGUCCAACAUCCACCUGUACAGAUCUGUGACAUCUAGAACAGCCAGACUGACCGUUCUCGCUCCUCCCUCGGUGAGGCUGUGGCCCCCAGUGGUGAUGGUCCCUAUGGGGGCCCAGGUGGUGUUCCACUGCCAGGUUUGGGGACAUCCCCUUCCCUCCAUCGUCUGGUCCAAACAGGGACGCUCUAUACAGACUGGUGGAAAGAUCUCUGUGGGGGUGAGAAACGCUACCCUCUACAUCCUGUCUGUCAGGAGCUAUGACGAGGGGACUUACACCUGUGCAGCCUCUAACACUGUGGGGCAUGACCGGAGCACAGCUACUUUACGUGUCGCUGUGAGCCCCAUCAUAGUGUCCUUCGUUGGGGCAGUGAGCAGCUCAGAAGGGUCCUCUGUGGUCCUGCCAUGCAGAGCAGUGGGGGACCUCCCCAUCAGGUACACAUGGACCAGAGGACACUCUCAGACCUCUAUCACCCCAACCCUGAAGAGGCAUGUAGAUGAUGAGGGGGCUCUGCAUAUCUCCAGGGUUCAGUUGUCUGAUGCAGGGGACUACCACUGUGCAGCUGAGAACAGAGCGGGACAACAGCAAAGAAGAUCCACCCUCACCAUCUCUGCUGAAGAUGACCCGGCUGAUAGAGACAAGCAGCAUAGACAGAUUACGUCUGCAGUUCCAAACACUGAAGCAGAGCAGAGAAUUCCUCUGUCCAGUAACGUCCUGAGUCUAGCUCAGCGUUCUGAGAUGACCCAAUUACAGGCAGGAAGUACAGACAGAAGUUGACAACAGAAAAAUAACGCAUGUUUCCGAGUGAGUUCUGCAUCGAAGAAAAGGUCCCAAGUUAUUUGAUUAAACCUGAAGUCCAGCCCUAGUGAUGUCACUGCCUACGUCAUUAUCUUCUACUCCUGAGACCAAAACCACGCCUACUCAAAACUAAACACAAAACCUCUUGUUUAUAUAGCUAUCUAAAAUCUUAGAAGUAAAUGUCCAAGUUGAUUUAUAGUGGAAUGUCUGACUAAUCUCUUAUCUCUUACACUCCCCUGCAGAGUUCUGUCUUCACAGUCACACAUUUCUCAGACAGUUUCUUCAUAAGAGGCAGUGAGCCUAGAAAAGUACUGUGAAACAACCUCCUAAUGUAUAUAUAUAUUGUUAAUCUGUCACGUUCUGACCUUAGUUCCUUUUUUAUGUCUCUAUUUUAGUUUGGUCAGGGCGUGAGUUGGGGUGGGCAUUCUAUGUUUUUGUUCUGUUUUGUUUUGUAUUUCUGCUUUUGGCCUAGUAUGGUUCCCAAUCAGAGGCAGCUGUCAAUCGUUGUCUCUGAUUGAGAACCAUACUUAGUCAGCCUGUUUUCCCACUAUGAUUUGUGGGUAGUUGUUUUCUGUCUCUAUGUCUGCACCAGACAGAACUGUUUUGUUUUCGUUCGUUCUCUUGUUAUUUUGUUUUUGUGUUCAGUUUAAAUAAAUAUUAACAUGGACACGUACCACGCUGCAUAUUGGUCCGAUCCUUCCUACUCCUCCUCAGAAGAGGAGGAAAACCGUUACAGAACUACCCACCACAACCGGACCAAGCAGCGCGGUAACCAGGAGCAGAGGGUUCUGGGCUCCUGGACUUGGGAGGAGAUACUGGAAGGCAGGGGACCCUGGGCACAGGCUGGGGAAUAUCGCCGCCCCAAGAAAGAGCUGGAGGCAGCGAAAGCUGAGCGGCGGCGAUAUAAGUUUCAUUCCAAGCAUCUCAAAGAGACUUGAGCAACGACAUCACCCACGUGUCUGCCCCUGACACUUUACGACUGCUCUCGUCUCUCAAGAAGACAGCUUUAGGACUAGCAGGUCU